GUGGUCUUCGCUCGCCCGGGAAGUGGGAGAGUUGCUAUGGCGAGUCCGGCCGCCUCGUCUGUGCGACCGCCGAGGCCCAAGAAAGAACCGCAGGCCCUCGUCAUCCCCAAGAAUGCGGCGGAGGAGCAGAAGCUUAAGCUGGAGCGACUCAUGAAGAACCCGGACAAAGCAGUUCCAAUCCCGGAAAAAAUGAGUGAAUGGGCACCUCGACCUCCCCCAGAAUUUGUCCGAGAUGUAAUGGGUUCAAGUGCUGGGGCUGGCAGUGGAGAGUUCCACGUGUACAGGCAUCUGCGCCGCAGAGAGUACCAGCGACAGGAUUACAUGGAUGCCAUGGCCGAGAAGCAAAAAUUGGAUGCAGAGUUUCAGAAGAGAUUGGAAAAGAAUAAAAUUGCUGCAGAGGAGCAGACUGCAAAGCGUCGSAAAAAGCGCCAGAAGUUAAAAGAGAAGAAACUGUUGGCAAAGAAGAUGAAACUUGAGCAAAAGAAACAAAAAGAAGGACCCAGUCAGUCCCAGGAGCAGCAGUCCAGUAGCUCUGAGGAGGCAUCUGGAACAGAGGAGGAGGAAGACGAACCCAGCUUCAUCAUGAGGCGAUGAGGUGCUUACACAGCARCCAUUGGGCGCCUGGUCAUUCUAUGACAGGGGCCCCAAAUCCUCAUUGUGACCAGAAGGAAAGAGAGCCUGUUUGGCUCAGCUGCCCAGGACUCGCUGCAUAGGGAGCACGUGGGAGCUGCUUGCAGUCUUGUUGGCAGGACUCUGCCUGGGGGACAAGGGAUCGUGUCCUGGAGGGCACUGCCUCGAUCCUCCUUCCAUGCUCCUGCUUUAGGGAAAGGCCUCAUCGCUGACCGCUGGCUGCUGUUCUCUGGGAUUUAAAUGGCAGUGAGCUUGGGGCUGGUUUCUGUUAAGGGAAUAUUUAUUUAGUAAAAAACAAACAAAAA